AUGAGUUUCUUAAGGAUUAGCACAUCGUAUCUUAAAUCAAAACCUCUUAGAGCCAACUUCUCUACAAAAAUUGCCUUGACUGCUGACAAGUCUACGAUCGUAGCUCUACACAAGGAAAAUGAAUUUCCAUACGAAUUAUCUCAACCACUACCCGAAGAGACAAACGAAGAUAAGUCAGUUCUUCGGAUGUCUGACUAUAGUGAAGUGAAACGUGUAUUCAAGGAGAUGAAACCAGAAUUUGCAAGACAACAGUUGUCCUCAAUGACUCUGACCACAACACACCGCUGGUUUCCAAGAUCUAGGGAUAAGAGAGCGAAGACAACAGAAAUGAACAGGCCUUACUUAUAA